AUGAACAAAGCUUUGACCGCCUCAUCGUUCUCCAACGUUGGGCAAGGCUGGAAAAGGCUUUCGGAAAAGACUGUCAGUGGGAAGGUUCAACAGAAGGUCAAGAUCGAGGGCAAGGAACUCUCCUGCCCUCCUUUGGAAGUCUUCACCAUCAAGGAUUUGCAGAUAUUGAAGAUGACACCGGAGAGGGAGAACAACCUCUCCUUCCAGAUGAGCUUCGUCCCAAAGGAAAUCCGGCUCUUGACAAACUUGACGGCCUUGUAUCUGGAUACCAACGACCUUGGGGAGAUCCCACCGGAGAUCGGGGCUCUGAAGAACCUCCGGAGGCUAACGCUGAGUAAUAAUUAUUUGCGGUCUUUACCCGCGGAACUGGCCAAGCUCCAAAAUCUGCAAAGCUUGCACCUGGCCAAUAAUGGCUUUGAGACCUUUCCGGUCGUGAUUUGUCAGCUCUUGAACUUGACGUUCCUGGACAUCAGCGACAAUCGGAUAGAGACCAUCCCGCCCAGCAUUAAACAGCUGAGGAAGCUGCAAACGUUUCUACUGAUGCUCAAUUGUGUCAAAUUCCUUCCGGAGGAAUUCUGCUGCCUAACAAAGCUCUCUUGUCUGUGGCUCGGGAGCAAUGAAUUGCAGGAACUUCCUGUGGAAUUUGGAAAUCUUAUUAUGUUGGACUGGAGCCACAAUUACUGCUCCUGCAAUUUGGAAGGAAAUCCACUGCGGCGUCCUCCGAUUGAAGUUUGCUCCGGAGGACCGAAAGAAAUCAAGGAAUAUUUUGCAACAUGUUAUUGA